AUGGAUGUACUCUUGACUGACCAGGAGGCGGCGUUGGAAAAACGCAAAGCACAACUUGAAGAGGACGAUCGUCAACUAAAAAUCAAGCGUGCGAGGUUUGUCGAGCGGCAGCAGGUGCGCAAGGAAAUGAAGAUGUUGGGAGACAUUAUCAGAAAGGGAAGAGAGCGAUUCGAAGCUUUGGCAAAGAGAAACAAGGAGUUGGAGCUCGAGUUUCCUACCAUCAAGUCUUCAGAUCCGCCAACCUCGAAGGAAAUUUCGGAUCCUGUCGUGGAUCUGACGACUACGACAACUGGUCCUACUACAGACGUGAACGAAGAUACAAUAAGACAUGGUAACAUUCCCAACGCAACGUCUUCGCUCGGAAGUACCAAUCCUAAGUCUGCCAGCCCAUUCCUAGGCCCAAAAGAUCGCACAAUACACGUCGAUGCACCCGGUGAUUUCCAYGUCAACCACAGACCCAUCCACAUAACCUCCAGAGACGUUCCCGGAAACAUGUUGUUCACAGGCGGGGAAGAUGGAGAAAGGGAUGCUUGGGCCGUCUGCUGCGCUCGGCCAGGAUGUCGCACCAAUUUGACAAAACACGGGGACAUACUCAAAGGCGUCAAUGGCAUCUCACGUCAUGCUAAGAUUUCUCAUCCCGAGGAGUGGAGGGUACGUUUUGAAAAUCUGGACGAUGCUACUAGAAGCUUCGGCAAAGACCCUGAGUGGUGCGAAUGGUAUCAAUUCUCCAAGUCUGAGUAUCGGAAUUGGCUUGAUACUGGAGCGCUGCCUGAGUCUGCUUUACCUCGAGGGCCUGAAAGCUCUUUCUUUCAGUGGCGGCUACCAGGGAAAAUUGCUAAGCCAGGAGGUAUAUGA